UGUCUGUAAUUGAACUUUAUUCUAUUAUAUAAAUUUACAUUUAUGUAAAUAACAUUCUUUUGUACUACAUGAAAUACUGUAUAUUGAAGAAAUUGAAGAAGGUUAUGGAAAGUAAUUUAACUUCUAUUCUUUAUCUUCAACGGUAAGGUGGCGUUAGAUGCAAAGGUUUAACAGUCGGUCUCAGCGUUAUGGUCUCGAUUGAUAGCGGCCGAUUUGUAAAGUAUCCCUCUCGAUAUUAGGAGUCUUAUCCCCACCACAGGAGUUUCCAACUUGUGUUUACGAUCGUCCAACGUGGACAGUUUCGUCCAGUUUCGUUUAUGUUUUGGAUAUGAUAUAUCUAUGAGUGUCUAAAGUUGUUUAUAUGUUCAUGUUCAUUAGUAUUUGAUACAUAUGGUGGAUCAUAUAGUACUAGAUAAACAAUUAUAACUUGAACAGAAUUAUAAUUUGAAAAUGAAGAGAUCACACUCAAAGACGAAAGAGACGAGAGAAGAUUAUAGACAUUCAAGGGAUUCCGAUCGAAGCCGAGAUCGAGAUAAAACUCGUGAGCGUAACCGUGAUCGUGAUCAAGAACGUGAUCGAGAUCAUUAUUAUUAUGAUAAUAGGGAUAAUAGAAAGAAUGUUUCUCAUAGGAGAAAUCGUGAUUUCGAAGAAACCAAUAGAGAAGAGCGGUCAUACGAACGACAUAAAUUAAGGAAAGUAAAAGAUCAUCGGGAGGCAAAGGAAAAUAAAAAAAAGCCAGAAAGGAAUAAAGUUACAGAUAAAGAAAUGGAAAAAGAAGAAACAAAUGCUUCAGACGAAGCAAGACAAAAUCGAACAGUUGAACUUUUAACAUCAAGAACAGGUGGUGCUUAUAUACCACCUGCAAAGUUACGAAUAAUGCAAGCUGAGAUCACUGAUAAAUCAGGAGCUGCAUAUCAACGCAUUGCAUGGGAAGCCUUAAAAAAAUCUAUACAUGGUUAUAUUAAUAAAGUUAACGUCAGUAAUAUUGGACUUAUAACUCGAGAACUUUUAAAAGAAAAUAUUGUUAGAGGUAGAGGUUUGCUCGCUAGAUCUAUCAUACAAGCUCAAGCAGCAUCACCAACCUUUACAUCUGUUUAUGCAGCCCUCACUGCAAUUAUUAAUUCUAAGUUUCCGAAUAUAGGAGAAUUAAUAUUAAAACGUCUAGUAAUACAGUUUAAACGUGGUUUCAGAAGAAAUGACAAACCUUUGUGUAUAUCUUCAGGGACAUUUAUAGCACAUUUGGUAAAUCAAAGAGUAGCACAUGAGAUUGUGGCUUUAGAAAUUUUGACUUUAUUGGUAGAAACACCAACAGAUGACUCGGUAGAAGUAGCAAUAGCAUUUUUAAAAGAAUGUGGCAUGAAAUUAACAGAAGUUUCUAGGAAGGGUAUUGAGGCUAUAUUCGAAAUGCUAAGAAAUAUAUUACAUGAAGGACAAUUAGAUAAACGAGUUCAAUAUAUGAUUGAAGUUAUAUUUCAAGUUAGAAAAGAUGGAUUCAAGGAUCAUGAAGCAGUUCCAGAAGAACUUGAUCUCGUAGAAGAAGAGAAUCAAUUUACUCAUUUAAUAACAUUAGAUGAAGCAACAGAUUCUCAAGAUAUAUUAAAUGUAUUUAAGUUUGAUGCAGAAUAUAUUAAUAAUGAAGAUAAAUAUAAAGAAUUAAGUAAAGAAAUACUAAAUUCAGAUGUCAGUGGUUCAGAAAGUGAAGAAGAAGAUGACGAAGAAGAAAGUUCUGAUGAAGAUAGUACCGCUGUGGCAGAAGGGAAAGAAGACAUAAUAGUAGAUAAUACAGAGACAAAUCUAACUGCGCUCAGAAGAACAAUAUAUUUAACAAUACAUUCAUCGCUUGAUUUUGAAGAAUGUGCACACAAAUUAAUGAAAAUGCAACUAAAACCUGGUCAAGAAACUGAACUCUGUCAUAUGUUCUUAGAUUGCUGUGCAGAAAUGAGAACAUAUGAAAAAUUCUUUGGAUUGUUGGCCGGUCGGUUUUGUGCCAUUAAUAAGAUGUAUGUCACACCAUUUGAGCAAAUUUUUCAAGACUCGUAUCAUACAAUACACCGUCUAGAUACAAAUAAAUUACGUAAUGUAUCAAAGUUUUUUGCUCAUUUACUAUUUACUGAUUCUAUAUCGUGGGAAGUAUUAUCUUGUAUAAAAUUAACCGAAGAGGAUACAACAAGUUCCAAUAGGAUAUUUAUAAAAAUUUUGUUUCAAGAACUUUCUGAAUACAUGGGACUAUCUAAACUUAAUCAACGUGUGAAAGAUGUUACGUUAAAACAUGCAUUCGAAGGAUUGUUUCCCAGAGAUGACCCUAAAAACACACGUUUUGCAAUCAAUUUCUUUACAUCCAUUGGUUUGGGUGGUCUCACAGACGAUUUAAGGGAACAUUUAAAAUCUCAUCCAAAACCUGUCAUAAUUCCAGUAUUAGAACAAAAGAGUGAGAGUGCUUCUGAUUCUUCUGCAGAUUCUUCUCUUUCUAGUUCAAGCGAAUCAUCGUCAUCUUCAAGCUCUUCAACUAGUUCAAGUUCUAAUGAUUCUGAUGUAUCUUCGGAUGAAGAUGUGAAAAAAGGAAAGAAAAAAUUGAAAAAAGAACAAAGAAAGAAACAAAUGACGAAAGAAAAUAAAAAGAAACAUAAAAAAAAAGAGAAGGCUAAGAAAAUGAAAAAGGUCAAAUGAAAUUUGUACGUAAAAAAUUAAGUGAUAAAUCUUUUAUAGCCUCAAUGUACAUUUUCAGAUUUGUUUCUAACUUUGCCAAUAUAGUUAUGAUUAUAUUGCAGAUAGCUCUUAUAGUCCAAUUAAUAUGGUAGUAGAGCCUCAUUAUUAUGUAUGUACAUAUGUUCUCAUAAUAUUUUUUAAUCUGAAUAAAUAUAUUUUUAUCAAUAA